CCCCGGCGGCCAUGGGCCGAGGGCGCCUCUCGCGAGAGGCCGCGCGCCCGCCCGCUCCCCGCUCCCAAAAUGGCGGCGCCCGCGGAGGCGGCGGGUGGCAGGGAGCGGUUCCGCACGCGGGACGUGGCGGUGCCCGGGGGCCCGUCCGACUUCGGGUCGCUGCUGCUGUCGGCGCCGGUGCUGGCGGGGCUGGAGGCGGCUGGGUUCCACAGGCCUUCCCCGGUGCAGCUGAAGGCCAUUCCGCUGGGGCGGUGCGGGCUGGAUCUCGUUGUGCAGGCCAAGUCCGGCACGGGCAAAACCUGCGUCUUCUCCACCAUCGCCCUGGACGCGCUGAUGCUGGAGAGCCCGGCCACGCAGGCUCUUAUUUUGGCUCCUACGCGAGAGAUUGCUGUGCAGAUCCAUGCGGUAAUCACAACUAUUGGAAUAAAACUGGAAGGUUUGGAAUGCCAUGUCUUCAUUGGAGGGACGCCUUUGAACCAGGACAAAAUCAGACUAAAGAAAUGCCAUAUAGCAGUUGGCUCCCCAGGUCGAAUAAAACAGCUCAUAGAGUUGGACUACUUGAAUACAGCUAGUAUCCGUCUCUUCAUUCUUGAUGAAGCAGACAAGCUUCUAGAAGAAGGCAGCUUUCAGGAGCAAAUCAAUUGGAUUUACUCUUCACUGCCAGACAAUAAACAGAUGCUUGCUGUUUCAGCUACUUAUCCUGAAUCAUUAGCUAAUGCUUUGACCAGGUAUAUGAGAGAACCAACGUUUGUGAGGUUGAAUCCUACUGAUCCAAGUCUCAUUGGGUUGAAGCAGUAUUAUAAGAUCGUGAAUUCCCAUCCACUUCCACAUAAAACAUUUGAGGAAAAAACCCAGCAUCUACAGGAGUUGUUCAGCAAGAUUCCAUUUAAUCAAGCAUUAGUCUUCUCAAAUUUGCAUAGCAGGGCUCAACAUCUAGCUGAAAUAUUAACGUCUAGAGGCUUUCCCGCUGAGUGCAUUUCAGGCAGUAUGAAUCAAAAUCAACGACUUGAUGCUAUGGCUAAAUUAAAGCAAUUCCAUUGUAGAGUUCUGAUUUCCACAGACUUGACGUCUCGUGGAAUUGAUGCUGAAAAAGUGAAUCUGGUUAUCAAUCUGGAUGUACCUGUGGAUUGGGAAACAUACAUGCAUCGCAUUGGCAGAGCUGGGCGCUUCGGAACUUUAGGCUUAUCUGUGACCUACUGCUGCCGUGGAGAGGAAGAAAACAUGAUGAUGAAAAUUGCUCAGAAAUGUAAUCUUCGGCUUCUGCCUUUACCAGAGCCUAUAUCUCCUGGAAUGAUGGAUCAGUUUGAAGACUGUGAGGUUGAAGUCAAACCUGUUGUAUAUACAGGUGCUUCUGUGAAUUCUGACACUGUGCCUCUCAAAUCAGAGGAACCAGUACUUCAGUCUGUUCAAAAUAGUUUUGUGGAGGUACGUCAGCCUCAUUCGGAUCUUCCAGGUGAAAAUUCUGUAGAGAGGCCAAAAAAGGCUGUGAAGCAAAAGCUGGUGAAAAAGUGCACAAAUUCCGCAAAUGUGGAGAAAGGUAGCAGAAACCCCAGAACUUCCAGUUGCAACACAGAACAGAAGAAUCGAGUAGAAACUGUCUCCAGAAUAGGUGUACAAAGUAAUAACAUGGGGGCUCCAGAUGAAGAAGCAUUGAAAAAAAAUCUUCCCAGAAUUCCCUGCUUGUCAUCUUUCAAAAACCAGCAGAACAAUCCCUGGAACUUCUCAGAGUUUGUUGAGGACUACGAAUACUUCAUUAAAGAAGGGUUGGAGAGAGAUGUUGAAAUUUUAAGAAGCUAUUCAGGCCCAGGGGAACAACGUGAACUCCCCAGAAAUGGUGAUGUAGAGUGGAAAGAGAUGGAACAUAAUACAGAAACAGUAGCAAAUGGUGUGUCUGGUGACAGUGACGGUUCGUACAGUUCAAGGGCUUCCUCCAAUAGUAGUGAAAAUAACUCAUGCUUUGAAGCAUUUUCAGAUAGUCAGAAGAAUGCUGUUCCUACCAUGCAUCAGGGUCUUACAGGCUUCUGUCCUACACCAGAGAAGUCAAAGGAGCUAUUGCAAGUCCCGAAGCAAAAUAAAGCGAAAAGGAAAAUUCCGAAACAAAAUUCUAAACAAAAGAGAAACCGUUACCAUCAAUGCCCUAAUCCUUCCACAAGAAAAACUGAAGAUGCCUGCUCCUGCGGCUCUUGGGAUGAUGCUGUUCCCGGGUUUCUGCAAGAGGCUUGGAGUUAUAAAAACUACUGGAAAUCUUAUUAUCAAGCAUGGCAAAACUACUAUGCUGCAGUGUCUCACAUGCACUACAGGAAAAGUUACAGACAGUUUAACUGGAUGAAUGCUUAUCAUGUCAAUUCAGUCUACCUUCAGGAACUGCUGAACAGUGGUGAUUAAUAUAAUGCUUCUGCUGUUAAGGAUGGGCUGGUUGGUACAGCAAAUGGAAAAUACCUGUGAAAACGUAACUGUCUGUCUACAAGUACAUUGUCAGACGUAAACAGAUUGAAGAAAAAUAUUGUCUUUUUCAUAUGCGAGCUGUGUCUAGGUAAAUGUUUUACAUGCAUUCCAGUGGUGAUGUUACAAGUUGUUAAUAAAAGGAAAUGAAAGACA